ACCAUAAUACUCUAAAUAGAAAGACUAAACAUGGCAGGCUCCUCUGCAGGAAUGACUACACUGCUAUGUAAUAUGAAUAAACAAGUUGCAAUAUUUUAUCCAACGAUUACUUACCAAAGGCACAGUUGGUGUGUGAUAAGGAGAAUAUGUAUGUCUGUCUCCCGAUGCCAGAGUCAAGCCCAAACAAAACGGAAAAGUGCUCCCCAGGAGCUGGUAGGUGUGGUGGGUCUGGAGAUCCAUGCUCAGAUCCACUCCAACACCAAGCUGUUUUCUGGCUCCCAAGUCGGGUUCCAGGCUCCACCUAACUCCCUGGUGUCCUUCUUUGAUGCCUCCUUACCUGGAACUCUACCUGUGCUGAACAGACGAUGUGUGGAGGCUGCAGUGAUGACAGGUUUGGCCCUUAACUGUACCAUCAACAGGAAGUCUCUCUUUGACAGGAAGCACUACUUCUACGCUGACCUUCCUGCGGGCUACCAGAUCACCCAACAGAGGCUGCCCAUCGCGGUGGACGGCACCCUGACCUACAGUCACCUGGGGGGCCGUAAGAGGAACGAGGUGGUCACCAAGAGUGUCAGGAUCAAACAGAUCCAGUUAGAGCAGGACAGUGGCAAGAGCCUCCACGAUGACUACAGGAACCAGACCCUUAUAGACCUCAACAGAGCAGGUGUGGGUCUGAUGGAGCUGGUGAUGGAGCCAGACAUGAGUUGUGGAGAGGAGGCAGCAGCAGCCGUCAGAGAGAUGCAGCUCAUACUGCAGGCUCUAGGGACCUGCCAAGGAAACAUGGCUGAGGGCCAGCUGAGAGUGGAUGCCAACGUGUCUGUCCACAGACCUGGGGAUCCUUGGGGCAUCAGGACUGAGGUUAAGAACAUCAACAGUGCCCGCAACCUGGCCAGGGCCAUAGACUAUGAGAUCCAGAGACAGAUGUUUGUCCUGGAGAGCGGCGGCACGGUGCAGAACGAGACACGGUCGUUUGAUGGCAAGACUGGUCACACCAUUCCAAUGAGAGACAAGGAGGGCCUUCAGGACUACAGGUUCAUGCCGGAGCCCAACCUGCCUCCUCUGAUGGUGUACGAGGCGUGCUCUACAGCCCCCCCUGGUGUUGCCCCCAGCCAGGUGGUGGUUCUGGAGGAGGUGAGGGAGAGGCUGCCGGAGCUGCCCAGCGUCAGGAGGCAGAGGCUGGUGGAGACCUAUGGCAUCCUCCCCGAACACAGCUUCACCCUGGUGAAUGAGGACGGGCUGAUGGACUACUUUGAGGCCGUCGUCAGGGAGACCAAGGCUGGGCCGAGAAAGGUGAUUGGCUGGGUGAUGAACGAGCUGCAGGGCCUCCUCCAUCAACAGAACCUGAGUGUCAGCCAGAGUCCGAUCUCUCCUCAAGCUCUAGCCCAGAUACUGAAUCUCCAGGAGAAUGGACAAAUCUCUUCUUCUAUCGCCAAGCAGGUGUUCCAGGAGCUGUGGAAGACCCCAGGUAAAACAGCCCAGCAGAUCGUCAAGGAGCAGGACCUGGGGAUGGUCAACGACAGCACAGAGAUCCACAGGAUUUGCCAGAAGGUGGUGGACUCACACCCAGACCAGGUCCAAGCCAUCCGCAGUGGGAACAAGAAGGUUCUGAACAAGCUCAUGGGUCUGGUCCAGAAGGAGACUAAAGGCAGGGCUGACCCAGUCCUGGUACGGGCCAUCCUGGAGCAGAAGACAUCCUGAGGACUAACUAACACUGUCUUUGGCCACCUUGACUGCCUCAACUUGUAUAUGCUUGGUGGAAUAUCAAACUGGUCCAAGAGGCAGCAAGCAUGGCAUCUUUAUGGCGUCAUCAUAGUUAUCAUGUCAUCUGGUCAAGAGGAUUAUUGUUGCUAAAUCAACUGUCUCUCAUGUUGUCUUCUGGCACCGUACCCGCCUUUAAGUUGUCGCAGUUGCAUUAUUACUUUGUGUACAUAAAUAUAUUCUAAUACCCUUUGGAGUGUGCACACUUAUCCCCUCCCGAACACACACUUCAUCUAAAACUGUCAAGGGAAUGGCAUACACAUCCUCCAUGAUAAUCACACUUUAAGCAGAGCCAUUCUGGAAUCCCUUCGCAGUUUGGAACACUCUGAACCCACCAAUGGCAGAACAUAGCUAAUAAAGGUAUGGCCCAUUACCAGGCAGUUUGGGAGUCAUCCCAGAAGUCAUCUUUCUGCUUUUAUCACGGUCUUCUGGCAGCACUGAAAUGAAUCAGGAGAGCAACAGAGGACUGAAGUACUAUAUGCAAUGUAUCUCCUGAUACUCCCUCUAAAAUGGAUCGGAUUAGGAAUGAUUUAGAGGUCAGUGUUCAGUCAAAGGAGAGGAAGUAGUCAUGAGUAGUGAGCACCCCCUUGUGGCUGUCAAGGGUGGUGCCCUUGUGUCUGUCAAGUGAAGGAGAUACAUACUGUAACCUGCAAUACUGAGACAUAUUGGCCUUUUCUCUAUCCUUUAGCUCUCUAGAGUUAGGCAUCUCUUACAUUCAGAUGGCUUGAAUAUUGGGUUUUGUCAAAUUACGCAGUAAUUCAAUACUGGUUGGCUGUGUGCAUGCGACUUCAGUUUGGUAACGUAGAUAGUUGCCUCCCAUUCAUCCCCUUUGUUUCUAUUGAAUGCCGUAUGCAGUGACCUAUAUAAAAGAGGUAUUGUACAUAACACAAUUGGACUUCUUGAUUAAAAAAAACAGGGUUUGUGGCUGGCUGCUGUUUCAGUGCCUGUGAAGAAGACCUAGUUUUGAACAGAAGCUGGGUCACUGGAUGAAUGGCUGUCAGAAGCCCUGUUUAUACCUGCUGUUAACAUUCAUCCUGAUCUUGUCCGUGUACACUUCGAUCUGAUCACAAUGCAUUUUUUUUAAUCGUCCAAAAAUGUGGCCACAAUCAGAAUUGGACAAGAUCAGGACAAAGGCUGCAUGUUAGAACCAGGUAUAGAGGGGGGAUUGUUUACUAAACGAGGCCAGUGGAGUCCACUGAACACACAACCACUUCUGGGUGAAAGAAGAGGAAGGAAAAAUGUGUUUUCCCUGUGUUUUGCAUUUCACUUUGCCGAGGUGAAGCUAAAAUAUAAAUUUGGGUAGAGAAGCUGUCAAGUCAAAACACAUGACAUAUUUAUCUGUUCUUUAAUAAAAAAGUAUUAUAAAGACAUCUAUUAGUGUAAAAUAAUCAUUUCUUGGAACCUCGGACUUUAAUGCCAGAAGAAUACACACUGGAGUAACCUGACAAGGUCAUCGCUGACAUCUAAAAUGGAUGCUAAUAGUUGUAGAAAGGGAGAAACUAGACUACUUCUCUUUGGAAUUAAACCUCUACGCAACUGAAGAGAACUGUGCCUCUAAAUUUGGUUAAAAUAAAUGUGCUCCACACAACAUUCUACUACAAGAGAAUAUGGAGUACAUCACCAAAUUUAGCAAUGGCAACAAAUGAUGCAUUCCAUAACUGUCCAUCGGUCCAACUUGUGGACUAGUUCGAGCAGACAGUGAUAUAUUUUUGACUUUGCAGCUGCAUCUACGUUCAUUAGGAUGCAUCAUAGGAAAAAGUUUUGCAACAGAAAACAAAAAAGAGCAUUUCUAAAUGGAUAAGCUCACCUUUAUGCCUACUGAACAUGACCAUGCUUAGCCCAGAGUAGACACUGUAAACAACAGGAGGAAAUUCAUUCAAAAUUCAGGCACCAAUUUUUAGGUAGUUCUUCCCUAACAUAUCGAUUUAAUAGGGACAGGCAUUGUAACAAAAUGUCUCCUUGGUUGAAAUCAAAACCUUAAAUAAAAAGGCCAUUAAAAUCAAGGCUAUUUAUUUGUUGCUAAUGGUAGACCAUGUCUUAGUCUGGAAUUCAAACUUCAAAUGGAGCAUAUCAGCUUGGAUUUCAGGCUACCCUCGUCUUACUGUGAGAGUUGGCCAACACUCAAUGCUAAAAUGAAUGUGCCAAAUCAUCAAUGAACAAACCAACAGUGAUGUAUUCCAAUCUUCCCAACUUGACUCAUAAAAACAUACAAGAAACAUGCAUUCCCUAUACAGCAACAAGAAGACAGAACAACUCAAGUUACAACCUCUGUGAAAAAAUAUGGCAAUAGAACCUCUCUCUACGAAACAGUUCCAUUAUUGUGACAUUAAGUACAUUCUGUAUUAAAUACCAACCCCAUCAGGAAACAAAACGUAAUAAAGUACUCUUUAUACCUCAAAUAUCAAUAAUGAUUUGCAUAGUGUGCUGCUUCUUUGAUUAUUUUUCCCAAUUAUAUACAUAAAGUACUAAAAUAAGGCUAAGACAUUGAGGGCUUCCCAAACGGCACCCAUUACCCCAUAUAGUGCACUACUCUUGAUUUAUAUGGUCAAAAGUAGUGCACUACAUAGGAAAUAAGGUGCUGUUUUGGAUGCGAACAUUGAGUGCAUCACCCUGAUAUGGAAAGCUCCUUUUAGAGAGAUAUCAUUAUAAAUAACGUGCAUUCAGUGGACAGGACCUGGUGCACCAUGGGAAAAUGGAGUUAGACGCAGCAUUGAGAAUUGACGUCAGAAGAACCCAGUGUCCUGAAGUACACCCCUAAAUAAAAUAAAAAACCUUCUAGAUUGAAUAUCUAAUGUGCAUUGAAAACCUAACAUAACUGAAAUAUGUCUAUUGAACAAAGAAAGUCUUUGAUUUAAGGUAUUUAGCGACACAAACUUGUUUUGUACAGUGAGCCUGAUAGUCUAACUUACUAGACCUCUUCUUCAGUCAAGAGUUUUGAAUAACAACGAUCACCGGAUACAUAGCAUUAGAGAAUGCCAUGGUCUACACCAACUCAUAAAGCAAGUAUGAGAUGAAUGGGGCUCCCACUUCUAACACCAACACGCUAACCAGUAGUUUAGUGGUGCUGCUA